AUGCGGUUCGACCCGCCAGAGUUGGAGUUCAAUGAUGAGUUGACUUGUGUUCCUCAUCACUCGCAAGUUCGCAUCUACUGCGAUGGCUGCCACGCCAUAAUCUCAGUCGACUCCGUUUCUUCAGAUAUGGAGGCCGUCUACCCGGCGCUGGUGCCGAAGAGUGGAAAGCAGCCGAAAAAGAAGGGUAAGUCACCAACCAUUGGCAUCAUGUACGUGAUGUUCCUGGCGCAUCAGCCGGGAGAAGUGCGUGGGCGAAUCUCCGUGAAAACCACUGCAGGUUUGGUUCACUACCAGGUGAAGGGCUUUGCUGCAGCCAACCCGUACAAAGCAGAAGCCAUCCACAACCUGAAGGUUGGAGCGGGCGAGGUGGUGCACCACCCGCUUUCGAUCUUCAAUCCAUGGAAAGACCCUUUGCAGAUUAGCCAGGUCUCUUCCAACGAAUCCUUCAUUCAGCUGCUAGCUCCUGAAGAGCUCCGCCAGGUGGGCCACAAGAACAGCCCGGCGGGCAGCAGUUUCAUUUUAGCAGACAGGGCGGCUGGGGACUGGACCAUCCCGCCCGAACAGCAUGGCAUUGUGGGCUACACAAAGUUCACACUGCAGCAAGGCCAGUAUCAAGGCUUUGUUGAGGUGAAGAUGGAAGCAGAAGUGCCGCGAAUUGUGGUGCCUGUCGUUCUCGGGGUAGUCAGAUCGUCGGGCAUCAAGAUAUCGCCUGACAUAGUUGAUUUCCAGACCCUGGUGUCCUCUAUUCAGGCAAGCUGCUGGGCUGCACGUGGGUGCUGUCUCUUCUUGAGAGGGGUCUUGCAAUUCUGUGCCCGAGCAAGGCAAGGCCAGGCAAGAUGCUCGGUGCAUGUGCACCUAAGGAUCUAUUUGGCUCUCUGUCACGAACCUGAAUCCGCAGCCAAUUCAGCUGCUGUCUUUGUUCGACCCGACACAGAAGCCUGCCAUUGCAGAUGGCAUCUCACAGAUUUGCCAGUUGCAAGAUCACUUUGCUACGAGGGGCAGUCGAAUGCAACUGAGGAAUCCGAAUCUGCAGAUAUCUGGGUUUGA